UCACGACGCGGUUUACUGGGUAAGACGUAGAGUAAUUAGGCAGAGGAGCUUUACUUAACCUCAUUUGCAGUGCUUCAUAAUUAGUGGCCUGGAGCAAAACUGUUACUUCAUCCUUACAAAAACAGUGUGUAUUAAGAACAGUCUGGAGAUAUACAAGUUAUGAAUAAUUCCAUUCAUUAAUUCCCCGACAUCUCCGUGUGUGGACUCUGGAAGUCAGGGUGAUUAAUUUGGGAGUCUCGAAAGAAUUUCCUCAUACUUGCCUGUUGAUUGCAGUGUUUAGAGUUUAUUUAUUGGCUGUGAAUCAAAGUGCUGACUGCUGGUUAGAAUGCCAGGCUAAAAUCCUACACUGUUCAAAUGUCUGAGCCAGUGACCACCAGCAGUAUAAUACGAAGGCUACAGAUAUUUUUUUGCAGCUGGGACGGAACUAUACAUCUCUGUUGGUGCAGCGUGUGAGAGAACUCCAACUUCCCGGCCUUCCUGUGUACUUUUCCCAGAACGCACUUUUGCUGAAAAUUGGUCUAAAAGUUAUUUCUGCGCAGAAAUUCUUGUGUGGAAAAGGGUGAUGAAAUUAUCUUUUGAGGACUGACACGGUUCGGACUUGAUCUCUAGUAGAUGGAACUGGAUGUAUGACAAUUAUGGAUGACAGUCCCACAUCCAGCCCGAGCUCUAGCCCGAAUCCUGACGCGCUGCCUUCAGACCGGAGACGUGGGCGCGUGCUUCCUACUGGCGGUGGUCUCGGGACCAGGGGGCGACCGGCAGCAGCAAACGCUGCGCGCGAGCGCAGUCGCGUUCAGACCCUCAGACACGCGUUUCUGGAGCUCCAGAGGACCCUGCCAUCGGUACCGCCCGACACCAAACUGUCCAAACUUGACGUGCUCAUAUUAGCCACUACAUACAUAGCUCAUCUGACCAAAACCCUGCAGGAAGAGGGCAUGGAAGAAGGAGACGGCGCAAAACGGAGCGAACCGUUAAAUUCACUCAAAGGCGGCGGUUACCUGCAUCCUGUGAAAAAAUGGCCCAUGCGCUCGAGGUUGUAUAUUGGUGCCAGCGGCCAGUUCCUGAGUAACUCAAGCCAGAAUGAAAAUCAAGGAGCGUCGUCAUCAUCAUCUCAGACAUAAUCCCUUUGCACACAAGACAUUCUUGUCAUUAAAAAUGAAACUUUAAAUGAUCAUUUCAGGAUAUUUGCAGAGCCAAACAUGUAGUCCACUUCUGUUGUAAGCGCUCAUGAUGUGCUUUUUUUUUUUUUUUUUUUUUUUUUAUCUCUGAACGUUUAACUAACGUCUUAAAUAGUCUUAAUUAGUCACUCUGAAAAGGAAUUAAAACUAUUAUUUCCUUUAUUAUUAUUAUUUUCCCACCAAUUUCAUAUUGAAAUGAGUACAAAUAGGAACAAACGACUGCAUGGCGAUUGUGUUGCUGCGUAUUUACGGCACACUUACAUGUCACCUAUCAUUAUUUGACAUUUGUACAUAAUUUGUAUAUAAUCAAGCGUGAUUUUUAUAUUUUACUGAAUAGUUAAGGGUCUCUGCUCAAAAUUCUGUCUUUCAACUCCGUACUUGGAGGUUUUGUGUAGCUAUGUCGGGAUAGUGAGCUGUCAUGCUUGACUUGUUGGCUUUAGUUAAAGUAUUUGCACUAAAUGCAUGUGUGAAUAACGUAACAUUUGUCAUGUGAAGAGGUCUGUCUGGAUCACAACAAUGCUUGGACUAAGUCUAGCAGAAACCCUGCUCUUUCCUGUCACAUACAUGGUUGUCGGUGUAUUUGUGGAUUGUAAAUAAAUAAAUAAAUAAAUAAAUACCCAUAAUUUAAAGCUAAUUGCCACUUCCAGAUUAUGAUAUUAGCGAAAACGAUUGCAUUGUAUUGUAUGAUAUGAUUCAAAUGUUUUCAACUUGAAACCAAGGCUGAUGUCAUGAUUACACAGCUUCUGCUUGGAAAUUCGUUGAAACAAGAAACGCAUUCAUAUGGUCUA